AUGUCCCCCUUUAUAAACGGAAACUCGAGCGAAAGCGAUGCUGCUACUGCCCCCACCCAGAAUGUCGACCCUGCCUUUGUGCGCGAGGCUGUCGACAAGGCCGGGAUCAAUGCCUUGCGCAUGGCCCUGUAUCAGGUCACGGGAGACCCCGACCUGGCCACGAUGAAGAUCCGCAAGCAGAAGAUUCGCGGUGGCGUCCUGUUUGACUACGUUCUCGGUGAAGACGACAUCCAGAUCGUCAAGGACAAGGCAGUCGACUUCCUGCUGAAAGGCGGCGUCUCCAAGGUUCCACCUCCACCGACCGUCGACGAGGCUCGCAAACUGAUGAAUCUCUUUGCCGGGUUGAUGAUCAAGGACUGGGACGUCCUUCCCGGGUAUGAGGAGCUGUCCUUUGACGAGUACCCGCGCGGCGUGGAGUGGAGCAAGAAACCGCCGUUGGAGAAGCUUGCUCGGCACAAGGUGGUGGUGAUUGGGGCCGGGCUGAGCGGCAUCGCGACGGCAAUCCAGCUCAAACGGCUCGGGAUCCCGUAUGUGCUGUACGAGCGGCAGGGCGGCGUCGGAGGGACCUGGCUUCUCAACUCGUAUCCGGAAUGCCGGGUCGACACGCUGAGCUACCUGUUCCAGUACAAGUUUGAAAAGAACUACCCUUGGUCGGAGUACUUUGCCUCUCGCCAGGAGACGCAGAAAUACCUGGAGUUUGUGGCCACCAAGUACGGAGUCAAGGAAGAUUUCCGAUUCCACCGCGAGGUCACGGCCGCGGUGUGGGACGAGGCCACCAGCACCUGGCAGCUGACGGUGCGAAACAAGGAGACGGGCCAGGACGAGUCGGUGGUGGCCAACUCGGUCAUCAGUGCCAGUGGGCUGUUCGCGACGCCCAAGAAGCCCGACAUUCCAGGCAUCGACAGCUUCCAAAAGCCCAUGUUCCACACGACGCAGUGGGACCACAGCGUCGACCUCAAAGACAAACGGGUCGCGGUGAUCGGCACGGGGUCGACCGGCACGCAGCUGACCCCGGGGCUCGCCGGGCAGGUCAAGAGCCUGGCGGUGUACCAGCGCACCCCGAACUGGAUUGUGGCAUACGAUGGGUACCGGGCGCAAGUGCAGGACCACAUGCAAUGGCUCUGCGACACGAUGCCGUACUAUUGGAACUGGUACUGUUACGCUGCCUACUUCCGCAGCCUGGACCUGGCGGCGCUGCAGGUGGUGGACCAUGACUACGAGGCGCAAGGGGGCUCGGUGAAUGCGAGGAACGAUGACGUGCGCAAUACACUGACCAACUUCAUCAAGGACAAGUUCCGCGACCGGCCGGAGCUGGUGCCCAAGCUGACGCCGAGCUACGCGCCGCUGGUCCGCCGGCUGGUGGUGGACAACGGAUUCUACGACGUGCUGAAGCAGCCGCACGUCGAGCUGGUGACGGAAGGGAUCGAGCGCAUCACGCACAAGGGCAUCGUGACGCGCGAUGGCAAGGAGCGCGAGUUUGACCUGAUUGUGCUGGGCGCCGGCUUCGAGGUGGGCAAGUACUUCUUCCCCAUCGACUACGUGGGCAAGGGCGGCGUGUCGCUGGAGUCGACCUGGAACAAGGACGGCGCCCGCUCCUACCUGGGCAUGGUGAUGCCGGGCUUCCCCAACCUGUUCAGCCUGUACGGGCCCAACCACCAGCCCCGCGGCGGCAGCCUGUACUCGUGGGCCGAGAUCUGGGCGCGGUACGCGGUCAAGGCGGUGGUGUGGAUGAUCGAGCACGAGGCCAAGAGCAUGGACGUCAAGCCCGCCGUCUACGACGACUACCAGGCUCGCCUCGACGCCCGCAACAGGACUCUGAUCUGGGAGUCGGCCGGCGCCGGCUACUACGUCAACGAAUUCGGCCGCCAGGCCGUCAACAUGCCCUGGACCACGUCGGAAUACCACGAGAUGGUCAUCACGCCCAACCCGGAUGACUUUGACGUGGAAUUUGCCGACCCGGAGCCUGACCCUGCACAGGCCCAUGCACAUUCAAGGGCCAAGGCAGUGAAAGCUGUGGGAGGUGGCGGCGACAGCAGGGACAGGAACACGGGAGAUAAAUUAGACAAUGAGAUGACGGUCGAUGAGCAUCCCGUCAUCUUGUGA